CAACCCAUUGCGCAAACAUCGUGGCAGCAUGCGGCAGCACUCAUCGGCCUAAUUUCAAGCCCGACCUCCUCGCCGCUGUCUGUUGCGAACAUUGGCGUCCCGGUUCGCAGCCGCAGAUGCCGUGGUCGGGUUUGGGCUGAUGAUGAUCUCCGGUUCUGCGCCAAGCUGCAAGCGUUAUCUAUGGCUAGGCUUCGGCACGUUGCCCCUACUGCUGCUGCAAGUGAUGGCGGUGCUCUCCAAUGCUCCCAGCAGCCCACUGGAAUACUUGAGCUCAUGUUUCAGCGAAAGCAGGAGGCGCUGCGCGUUGAUGCGCUGGUGGCUCCCCACCGAGAUCGAGCUGCAUCACUAUCAGCAGCGGAGUGAGGAGGAGUUCGUGAAACGAAGGUCCUAUCAGAUGAAAGGCCUGGAGGCAGCCAAGCAGGACUUUUGGCGAAGGGAGGAAGAAGAACACUUGAACGACUGCGAAGGCGCCAGGCGGAUUUUACGUUUCUUGCCCCUGAUGGAUUCCUUGAAGACCCUGCCAUGGUCAGAGAGGCUUCAACGUUUCCAUGCAAUGGGUAGAGAUCAUCAAGGAACACCACGACCGCACUUCAUUACUGCGGUCUUGGAAGUGAAUCUCUUCAGCACCGUGGAAGAUGAGUACUUGUUGGAGUGGAUUGACUUCCAUACUGUUGCGGGCAUGGAUCAUUUUGUGAUUUAUGAUGCUCGAAACGUGAGCUCCACGGGAGAACUACUGAAAGAUUACGUGUCCAAUGGAGUGGUAGAGCUGUGGCCAUGUCGAAUCGAUGUGGAUGGCAACUGUGUGCCGGUGGACGAGCUGAUGACGUGGAAUUUGAAGGCGAAGGAUCUCAGAGGUGGAUCUGGCGGUGCCCAAGAAGAGGCCUUUCGAGCUGCAGCCGUGAAACGGAUCGUCCAGGAAGUUUCGACAUAUUGGAUCGCCCAGCUGGAUUUGGAUGAGUUCAUGUUCCCCCGCCAGGCCAGCUCCUUGCGGGAGCUCUUGGUGCCACACACCCACCAGGCGGGCUCAGUGGACAUGUUCUUCGUGUGGUACUUGAUCUUUGGCUCUUCGGGGUGGCAUGCUAAGCCUCCCAUGCGGCAGAUCGAGGCCUAUCGCAGAUGCGCGUCGGCCAGAAACUGGAAUGGCAAGAGCAUCGCCCAAGCUGAUAGAGUCGACCGGAGCCAGGGUCUGCGAUGCUCAUUAUCUCAACUGGUGGGGCGAGGUGACAUGCCUUGAGAACCCAGUUCGGCUCUUUGACAUCGUCAGUGUAGUCCUAUGCCUUGGCAUAGCCUUGCUGCUUCUGUGGCCCCUGCUGGCUGCCGUUUGGAUGCUGCGGUGCUUUUCGCGCGAAGAGGGGCUCCAAGGCUUCAAGAAGCACUAGCGUUCAAAAAGGGGCUCGGGCUUGAGUCAUGACCUCAGGAUUAUUCUUUUU